CCACUUUGGUGCCACCCUCGCAGAUGAAAUGUGAGCCUGGGUGGCCAGGGACGCCAGUGAGACUGCUUUUUGCUUGCCAAGUCAGAGCACCUUUGGUCGGAACAAAGCCCCUGGUGCACAGCUCAGCCAGGCAAAGACCACCACCGGCGCCCAGCUCCGCAGUCACCCGGCUUCCCUCCCGUGGGCUCUGGCUGGGAUCAUGGCCAGGAUGGCUUUGGAUCCUGCUCUCCGGAGCACAGCCCUGUCCACCUGACCGCCCCGUAUCCUCCUCCGCAUCGCUGCUGGGAUUCCUGGCUGUCCCCUCACUCCAACCUCCGCCAGGUCUACCCGUCUGUGCUACAGAGCAGCUUGGAGCCACCGGCUUGGAUGGAUGCUCUGAGGCUGCCCCGGAGUCCAGGGGUACUGCUUCCGAAGUUGGUUCUGCUCUUUGUCUACGCAGAGAAUUGCCUUGCUCAGUGUGGCAAAGACUGCAGAUCUUACUGCUGCGAUGGAAGUACACCCUACUGUUGCUCCUACUACGCCUACAUCGGGAACAUUCUCUCGGGCACUGCCAUUGCAGGCAUUGUGUUUGGAAUCGUGUUCAUCAUGGGGGUCAUUGCAGGAAUUGCCAUAUGCAUCUGUAUGUGCAUGAAGAACAACCGGGGAACCCGGGUGGGAGUCAUCAGAACAGCCCAUGUAAACACCAUCUCCUCCUAUCCUGUGGCACCUCCCCCCUAUACUUAUGACCACCACGAGAUGGAAUACUGUACAGACCUGCCUCCACCAUACUCUCCAACCCCACAAGCUUCAGCCCAGCGUUCUCCACCCCCUCCUUAUCCUGGCAAUUUAAGGAAAUAUUCCUCCUCCCAGAAUGGAAUAUGUGCCGAUUAGCAAUUUUACCCAGAACAAAAUGUCUCAAUUUAGAAACAGGCAAAAAAUAAUAAUUGUCUACUGGUUAGAGUCAGAUAAUAUCUCAUGCAGAACGCCCAUGUGGAGCGGGUUACCACCCUGCUCAGAACUGACCCUCCCUUUUAGAGAAUUAUGCUUGGUUCCCGGAAGUCACAUAUUGAGUGAUCUACUGAUCCACCCAAGCACACUCAGAUUAAAGCAGUGCACUUGGCAGACCAUCUGACAAGCAUGCUGCUUUAGGACUAGCUGAAGGAGAUUUCAGUAUUGAACCUGGAAUAAAGAACAGAUAACAGCCUGAUCCACAUCAGGAAAAAGCUUUAUUCCAUAUACUUUUAGAAGGACUAGAGUAAGUCAUUGCUUCAUUUGUCCACAAAUAUGUAUUAAGUGCCUUAGAAGCCCCUCUGUGCCUGGCACCACUUGGGGCGCUGGAUGGAAGUAGCCAGAAGAAAACUUGGGCUUUGCCACAGGCAUACCUCACCUCCUUGCACUUUGCUCUUUUGCACUUUGCAGGUGUUGUACGUUUUACAAAUUGAAGGUUUGUGAUAACCUUGCUCCACACAAUGUCAUCUUCCUCAGCAGCAAAAGCUUACUUCCUGUCUUUGUGUCACAUUUUGGUAAUCAUCACAGUAUUUCAAGGUUUUUAUUGUUGUUAUUAUGUCUGUUAUGGUGAUCUGUGAUCAGUAAUUGUUGAUGUUGUUACAGCCGUCUUUUGUUUGGGGUUGUCAUGAACUCUGCUCACAGUAGAACAGUGAGCUUGGGAGAUUGAUACAUAUCAUGUGUACUGUGUCUGCUCCACUGAAAAACUCCAUCCCCUCCUCUCUCAGUUCUCCCGAUACCAAGAACAGUAUUGAUUAGGCCAGUUAAUAGCCCAACAA